GCAAAACCCUCGUCUGUGCUCCGACAUAGUCUCGAUCUCUCGAUUCCAAGCAAUGGCGCCUAAGAAAUUCGGGGCCGGCGGUAGAGAUUCGAGCAACUUGGCGUCGAUUACAAACUACGGCAUCGUCUCUCAAGGAAGACGCGCCGCGUGCGACGCCGUUCACGUGUCAAAGAAGCUGUUAAAGAGCACUGGGAAGGCGGCGUGGAUCGCCGGCACGACGUUUCUGAUCCUCGUGGUGCCUUUGAUCAUUGAGUUGGAGCGAGAUCAGCAACUAAGCGAGAUAGAAUUUCAGCAGGCCAGCCUUCUCGGAACUCCAGCGGCCGGUGCGAUGUACUAAAUUAUCUUGAGAAACCCUAAUUUGUCGAUCGUAUCAUAUUUCAAAUUUGGUAUGUUCAUUGUUCAUGCUUGUUUCUUCUAUUAGCGUCUCAGUGAAUUCGCUAUUUUUCAAGCUUGUGUUUGGGCAUCAUUCUUGGAAUUAACUUAUAUGUUUGGCAAUUUAUGGCUUGAUCACUAUAACUAUAUUAUAUAACUAUGUAAGAACAGAGCUUUUCAUGUAGAAGUGAUUAUAUUUAUGCCAUAAGUUUGGUUGAUGAGGA